AUGGCGUCCAACACCGCACUCGCACCCGCACCCGCACCCGCCGCCGACGAGCUGCUGCACGAGUUCGGCCCGCUCCUCCGAGUCUACAAGAGCGGCCGCAUCGAGCGCCCCCUGGUGCUCCCGCCCGUCGCGCCGGGGCCCGACCCCUCCACGGGUGUCCAGUCCAAGGACGUAGACCUCGGCGCCUACUCCGCCCGCCUCUACCUGCCCCCAUCCGCCGCGGCCGGCACGGCGGCGAAGCUCCCCGUCAUCGUCUACGUCCACGGCGGCGGCUUCGUGGCAGAGUCCGCGAAGUCCCCCAACUACCACCGCUUCCUCAACGACCUCACCUCCGCCUGCCCGGCCCUCGGCGUCUCCCUCGACUACCGCCUCGCCCCGGAGCACCCGCUCCCGGCGGCCUACGACGACUGCCUCGACGCCCUCCGCUGGGUGCUCUCCGCGGCCGACCCCUGGGGAGUGGAGCUGCUGGAGACGGACGGGGAGGGCCACGUCUUCUACCUCUUCAAGCCCGACUGCGACAAGGCCAAGGAGAUGCUCGACAGGAUCGUCGCCUUCAUUAACGCACCUUGA